CUUCAUCCUCAAAAUGGGUUAUCGAUUCAGGGGCAACAGAUCAUAUGACAGGAUCUGGUGACGAAUCGGGUUAUUGGUAAAGGAUAUGAGUCGGCUGGUCUCUAUCUCUUGGAUACAUCCUUACCCAAAUCCAUCUCUUGUCUUGGAGUUGGAACUGUGUUAGAGGCUCAUUAUCGACUAGGCCAUCCCUCUCUCCCGUUGUUAAAGAAACUUCAUCCUCAAUUUAAUAAGGUGUCAUCUUUACAGUGUGAUUCAUGUCAAUUUGCAAAACAUCAUCGAACUAGUUUAAGUCCCCGAGUCAAUAAACGAGCACAUGCUCCUUUUGAACUUGUUCAUUCUGAUGUUUGGGGCGCUUGCCCUGUUGUGUCCAAAACUGGUGUUAAGUAUUUUGUUACCUUUGUUGAUGAUUAUUCUCGUAUGACUUGGAUAUAUUUCAUGAAACGUCGUUCUGAGUUAUUUUCUCAUUUCUGUGCCUUUUGUGCUGAAAUUAAAACUCAAUUUAAUGUACCUGUUCGUAUUUUAAGGGGAGACAAUGCUCAAGAAUAUUUGUCUUCCUCAUUUAAGUCGUAUAUGGCUCAACAUGGCAUCAUUCAUCAAACUUCAUGUGUAGACACACCUCCACAAAAUGGAGUUGCUGAACGAAAGAACAGACAUCUAUUAGAAACUGCGUGGGCUCUUCUAUUCCAAAUGAAUGUGCCUAAACAGUUUUGGGCAGAUGCUGUGUCUACCGCAUGUUUUUUGAUCAAUAGAAUGCCAUCUACUGUUUUGGAUGGUAAAACUCCAUAUCAGUGCCUAUUUCCAAAUAAUGAAAAUUUUCCUAUCCCUCCUAAAAUAUUUGGUUGCACUUGUUUUGUACGAGAUGUUAAUCCCCAUUUAACAAAGUUAGAUCCCAAGUCAUUAAAGUGCAUUUUCUUAGGCUACUCUCGAGUUCAAAAGGGUUACGGAUGUUUUUGUCCAAGUACGGGUCGAUAUCUUGUUUCAAUUGAUGUCUCCUUUUAUGAAAAUACACCGUUUUCAUCAACAGAGACAAAUAUUUGUAGGGAGAAUGAUGAUAUACUCAUUUACACAGUCACUAUACCCGAGUCCACUGCUUCAGCCGUUGUUCCACAUGUUACUUUUCCUGAGCCUAGGCCCCCGGUACACUUGGUCUACACCCGUCGAAACAAAGUACAAGAUCACCCUCCACCUGUGGUUACUUAUCCUGAUACUGAUCCGGUCUCGAUCUCAUGUCCUGAACCAAUACUUGCAUCUCCAGAUCCUGCCUCUACAUCAGAUCUUGACCUCCCUAUCGCACUACGCAAAGGUACACGGUCUUGUACUCAUCCUAUUUCUUCAUUUGUGUCGUAUAAUCAGUUAUCAUCUACCUCAUGUUCUUUUAUUGCUUCCAUUGAUUCUAUUUCUGUUCCCAAAUCUGUUAAAGACGCUUUGUCUCAUCCUGAAUGGCGUCAUGCCAUGGUAGAGGAAAUGAAUGUUUUGGAUCUUAAUGGUACUUGGGAUUUGGUAGACUUGCCUACAGGGAAGAAAUCUAUUGGAUGUAAGUGGGUCUUUGCUGUAAAGGUUAACCCUGACGGAUCCGUUGCUCGUUUAAAAGCCCGAUUAGUAGCGAAGGGUUAUGCUCAAACCUAUGGUGUUGAUUAUUCUGACACUUUUUCUCCUGUUGCUAAAUUAACAUCUGUCAGGUUACUUAUUUCUCUUGCUGCAACUAAUGGUUGGCACUUACAUCAGUUGGACAUUAAAAAUGCAUUCUUGCACGGUGAUCUUCAAGAGGAAGUUUAUAUUGAGCAACCUCCAGGGUUUGUUGCUCAGGGGGAGUAUGGAAAAGUGUGUCGACUUCGCAAGUCUCUUUAUGGUUUGAAACAGAGUCCCCGUGCAUGGUUCGGGAAAUUCGGUCAAUCAAUUGAACGAUUUGGAAUGAUAAAGGGCAAAUCAGAUCACUCUGUAUUUUACAGACGAACAAAAGCAGGUAUCACAUUGCUUGUGGUGUAUGUCGAUGAUAUUGUGAUUACAGGGAGUGAUAAUGCAGGUAUUUUGGCUCUUAAGAAUUUUCUUCAUAGUCAAUUCCAGACGAAAGAUUUGGGCUCAUUGAAAUACUUCUUGGGGAUUGAGGUUAUACGGAGCAAGAAAGGCAUAUUUCUAUCUCAACGUAAAUAUGUGCUUGACUUGCUAACUGAAACAGGGAAACUGGGGGCAAAACCGAGCAAUACUCCCAUGAUUCCCAAUGUGCAGCUCACUCAUGAAGGCGUACCCUUCGAAGAUCCAGAAAGAUAUAGAAGGUUGGUUGGAAAGCUUAAUUAUCUCGCAGUUACCCGUCCAGAUAUUGCAUACUCAGUGAGUGUAGUAAGUCAAUAUAUGUCAUCUCCGACAGUUGAUCAUUGGAAUGCUGUAGAGCAUAUAUUAUGUUACUUGAAGGGGACACCAGGACGAGGUAUUGUUUAUCAAAAUCAUAAUCACAUGCGCAUAGAAUGCUUUGCAGAUGCUGAUUGGGCUGGAUCUAAAGAUGAUAGAAGAUCCACAUCUGGCUAUUGCGUCUUUGUUGGUGGUAAUCUCGUCUCUUGAAAAAGUAAGAAGCAGAAUGUGGUUUCUCGUUCGAGUGCUGAAUCAGAAUAUCGGGCUAUGGCACAAUCGGCAUGUGAGAUAAUCUGGAUAAACCAUCUAUUGAGUGAAAUCGGACUGAAGACACCAAUGCCUGCUAAACUCUGGUGUGAUAACCAGGCUGCUAUACACAUUGCCAACAACCCAGUGUUUCAUGAGAGAACAAAACAUAUUGAGGUCGAUUGUCACUUUGUUCGAGAAAAGAUACAACAAGGAUUGAUCUCUACAGGAUAUGUGAAGACGGGAGAGCAACUUGGAGACUUGUUCACUAAAGCACUAAAUGGAAUUCGUG